AGAAAGACUCUUUAAGAAUUGAAACCGUCUGAAAAUGGCGGACGCUGAGCAUCCCAGACUUAUAUUGCACAAUUUUUUAUCACACGAAGAAUGCAAGGAGCUGGAGUUCAUCCACAAAAGCUGCUGCACCGUCGGGUACAGACCCUACGUCUUCUCCACUACACUCUCUCAUCUCGUUGCUACUAAUUCUGCUCAUCUAAUCUUGCCCUUUGUUCCUAUCAGAGAGAGACUGAAGGAGAAGAUUGAGGAGUUUUUUGGCUGUGAAUAUGAGCUUGUCAUUGAGUUCACUGGCUUAAUCAGGUAUUGAAUAUUAUUCCUGAACUUGAAAUUUUGUUUUAGCAUAAAUGGCAGAACUCCCCAAACUCCUAUUUGCAGUUAACUGUUUCUGACAUUUUUGAGUUUAUAAUUUGCUUCUUUCUUCUUAACAUUGUGAGUGUAUCAUAUCUAUCUUUUUACAUGUAAUCACCUUUGAUUAAGCUAAUAGUACAAUAGAACAUGAAUCAGCUGGAGCAGAGGAGCGAGCAUUGGUUGGCACAGUGAUGAUAAUAAGCCAUACCUAAAGCA